CCCCGCCCCGCUUGCCGCAGGCAGCAUCGUCUCUCCAGGCUUAAGUCCUGGUUCCCAUCUCCACCAGGCGAGCACUGCGCUGGAGCCCCGGCGAAGGCGGCCGGGAUGCGGAGGCGGCGGGGCGCGCACCACAGCUGGGCAUAAGGAUCUCGCGUGCCAGGCGCCAGCGCACCGCCGGCUGCUGCUCGCCCUGCCGAGAUUCCCUAGCCCAUCCUCCUGGCCCAGGCUGCGGCUGAGGGCGCGGGAGCGUGGAAGCGGCGGCUGCGGAGGAGAGGCGGCGGCUGCCCCAUGGAGUGUUACUACAUUGUCAUCAGCUCCACGCAUCUCAGCAACGGACACUUUCGCAACAUUAAGGGAGUUUUCCGGGGCCCUCUCAGCAAGAACGGGAACAAAACUCUGGACUAUGCUGAGAAGGAGAACACUAUUGCCAAAGCUCUGGAGGACCUGAAGGCAAACUUUUACUGUGAACUCUGUGACAAGCAGUAUUAUAAGCAUCAGGAAUUUGACAACCACAUUAACUCAUAUGACCAUGCCCACAAGCAGAGGCUCAAAGAACUGAAACAGAGAGAAUUUGCUCGAAAUGUAGCAUCCAAAUCCAGGAAGGAUGUAAGAAAACAGGAAAAGGCACUCCAGCGUCUUCACAAGCUGGCUGAGCUAAGAAAGGAAACUGUGUGUGCUCCGGGAAGUGGCCCCAUGUUCAAGUCAACGACUGUGACUGUGAGAGAAAAUCUCAGUGAUGUUUCCCAAAGAGAGAGUGUAGAUCCAGUUCAUAUCCAGCAAGAACUGAGUCAUGGUGAAGAGAAAGGGAAAGACGUUACUGCAGCUUCGGCAGACACGGAAAGUGCAAGUAACUGCACAGCAAAUAGUUGUCAGUUCGGGGAUGGAAGCCAGGCGAGCCACAGACACAGAGUUGGCUUCUCAUUUGCAUUUCCCAAGAAAGCCUCUGUGAAGCUGGAGUCCUCAGCUGCAGCCUUCUCUGAAAACAGUGAUGAGUCCUCUGUGGAGAAAGAAUUCGGCAGGAAAACCAGAUUUGUCCCCAGCACUUGUCACCUUCAGCUAUCAUCAUGUGAGCCUCUGAGUUCUGAGGAGAAAGCUAACUCUUAUCAUCCACCAGAGGCCACGUGUUCUGACAAAGUGACUGCUCAAACUGAUGAGAUGAAAAAUAUCCUAAGUGACAAAAAUACACUGCUAACUACUUCCUUUUGCCAAGUUCAACCCCCUGUAUGUCCUGAUGCAGAUAAUUGCCAAAAUGUGACACCAUUUGAAGAUCAAACAUCAAUCGAAGAUAUUAUUGUUAAUGAAGAUGUACUUGUGAGGGAGAACAGCCCUGACUCCGUAGAAGCAAAUCUCAAUGUGCCUAAUGACUGCACACCAGCACAAACCACCACAGAGGAAAAUGUUAAGAUUAAUGAGGUGGCCAAAAUGGAAACUGGAAAUAAAACUGGUCAUGAGCCACUGGGACCUUCAAGCACUGCAGAGGAAAACAUAAGGUUCCAAAACAGACCAGAUCCAGGCAAAAGGAAAUGUGAUCCAUUUGUACCUGUCCUUAACAAACUUGGCUCGACCGUGCUUCAGUGGCCAUCAGAAAUGCUUGUUUAUACAACUACGGAGCCGUCGAUAUCAUACAGCUGUAACCCACUGUGUUUUGACUUCAAGUCCACUAAAUUAAACAACAAUCAGGACAAAAAUAAACCAACCUUAAAGGACCUUUCUCCUCAACAGAAUGAGGACUUUUGCCAGGGACCAGAUGCCGAUUGCAAGGAUGUACUAAUCAGAGGAGUCACAAAUGAUGAAGGCAGCAGUAGUCGAAACGAUCACCCUCAAGUCCCCGCUGUCUCGCUUACCCACACUCUGUCUAACAGUUGUGAUUUCGGACAAGAUCAGAAUGUGGGUCAGAGGUAUAAAGAUAUUUCCUGUAUGAACAGAAAACCAAACAAACACAAUUUUACUAGAAAGCAAACUAAACGAGACACUUUAAAUGAGAAAUACAACAAAAUCAGGUUGAAGGAAACUCAUGAACGCUGGUUCCAUAAAAGUAGAAGGAAGAAAAGAAGAAGAAAGUUAUGUCGGCAUCAUCAAAGGGCCACAGACAAAGAACCUGGGAGUUACAGCAAAACGGACGUGGACAGUGGUCGCACUGAUGAGGCAGGGAAGAAUCCACUGGAAUCAAGUCCUGAGAGGCAGGGGAGGAGUCCAGCGCAAGUGCCAGACUUACAUUCACUACCUGAUGAAAGACCCAAAGAAGCAUCUGUACACUUGAGAGAAAAUGAAGAAAUGGAUACAGCAAGGAACACUGAAUCCAACAAGGAUGCUGUUGGUCCUCAAAACCAUGAAGGAAAAAAUAUACUAGAUGUAAAUGGACAAACAAAUCCACCGAUGAUGCAUUCUGAGAAACAAAAUUUAACGUAUGCCAGGACUCAUUGUUGUUUGAAAGCCAGAACAUUGAGCCUUCAAGGGGAUGACGGGUGCUUCGUUUCUCAAAGUGAUGUGAAAGGCCCUAAUCAGAACCAGCCUGGUAAAAGAGGGUACAAUUCUCUCACAAACGAAGCAGAAAGAUUUCACAGGAAACGCAGACAGCAUUCGUGUUCUGUCUCACCAGAUGAAAGUUUAAAUCGGCGAAACCAUUUACCAGAAGAAUACUUGAGGCCACCCAGUGCUUCAGUCACUUCCUGUCAGCCAAGGAAGAAACGGAGGAGAAAAAGAAGUAGGUUCCACACUGGGGGAAGAAUUUUGAAAAUCAAAGACAAUUCUAAUUAUCUCAAGAAGGCCAGUUCUUUGAGUCACCGAGAUGGGUUAGUAAAGGAAGACAAUAAAGAGGAAAUAAAAUCACAAGAAAAUAUAAGUAUGGAGGAGUACUCAGAACAAACAAAGCCAACAGAAAACAAAGUGGCUUUCCGGCCUUACCAUCCGCUUUCUUCUGAAGCCAGUGGCAAAGGUGAGCGCUCCGUCACGGAGACCACUCCAUGUGUCUUAGCCCAGGCUUCCAGGGAUGUCACUACAUCUGCUCAGGUGCCAAGGGUCCUCUCCAGCGACACAACCGACAAUACCUUGCUUGAACACAGUCAAAGAAGUCAGACUACAAACAGCGGUGAUAAGCAAAUUCCUCUCAAGGUGACCAACACAGAAAGAAACUCUAGAAACUCACAGACUAAAUCAUACAUUUGCCGUUAUGAACGGGCUGAGACCAUUCCACAGGGAAAGAUGAGCGAGGCACCAGCAGAAUGGCUGUGUUAUAAUUCGGGAAUCCUCAGCACACAACCACCAUUACAGUUCAAGGAAGCACAUGUCAGCAGCCGCGCCUUUGUAACAACAGAGCAAAUCCUAGCUCCGUUGGCUCUGCCAGAGCAGGCGCUGCUGAUUCCGCUAGAAAACCAUGACAAGUUAAAACACCUACCAUGCGAGGUCUACCAGCACAUCAUUCAGCCAAACAUGCUGGCCAACAAGGUCAAAUUUACCUUUCCUCCAGCUCCCCUGCCUCCUCCCAGCACUCCUGUGCAGCCUUUGCCUUUGCAGCGGCCCUUCUGCUCUACCUCUGUAACUACUAUCCAUCACACUGUUUUGCAGCACCAUGCUGCCGCUGCUGCAGCUGCAGCGGCGGCCGCUGCUGCAGGAACAUUCAAAGUGCUUCAGCCACACCAACAGUUCCUUCCCCAAGUCCCUGCUCUCGCCAGAACAUCCAUACCUCAGCUCUCCGUAGGAACUGUCGGACCUAGGCUUUGUCCUGGCGGUCAGCCAUCUUUGGUUGCUUCUCCUCAGAUGCCAGUCAUCCCUGCAUCGGUUCUUCACCCCAGCCACUUGGCUUUCCCACCCUUACCCCAUGCACUUUUUCCUUCAUUGCUUUCUCCACAUCCAACGGUCAUUCCCCUCCAGCCCCUGUUCUAGUUACCACCAUACAGGGGAAAGAACAUAUACAGAUGACUAGGUGUUUGUCUACGUGCAUAAUUGGCUAUCUAUCUGACAGAAUAAGCUGGCCAAAGCUGGCCUUGUUGAUUUCAAACCAUUUACUGUAAGUGUAACGAUGCUAACAAAUUAUUUAAAUUUCUGACAUAUAAUAUUAUUAAAGCACUGAAUAGUUUGAGAUUCAAUACAAUAUAUGCUGUAUAUUAAAAUGAUGUCUUAAGAGUAUGUAUAAUGUACAUAAAAUAUAUUUAUAGUACUGUAAUUUAUGUUGUAAAGUAUGCUCCUUGUUUUUUCUAAUAUUUGUGUAUUUGCACCUAUUUAAUGUUUAGACAAAGCUGAUGACCCUAUUUGUUUUGUAUCAUGUUCCUUGAAACUGUAAAUUUAGUGAAAUAUAUCUCUUGCAAUAAAUUUUUGUUAAUUAUUUAAGUAAAUCAAACUUUUGUGUUCAGAUGGUCUUCACUGAUUUAGUACGGUUAGCAACAGAUAAUGUUCUUUUCACAAUUUUCUUCUGUCCAAGAACCCAGGACCUCC